GUCAUUUUAACAUGUGUUUUUCAAAAUGGUUGUAAAUUUAUUUUUAAAAACAAUACAAUAUAGCAAAAAUAAUCUAUUCAACCCUACCUCAGGUCUUUUUAAACCUCGAUAUUACUGUGAAACAAAAAAAGCAAUUAUUAGAACAACAUCUCCAAUAGUGACUAAAUCUUUGAAUAAAUUUGGUCAAUACAUCACAGAUAUAUUACCAAAGUAUGUGCAAAAAGUGAACAUUGCGUUAGGGGAUGAAUUGGAAAUUAAAAUAUGCCCAGAAGGAAUUUGUCCUGUGAUAUCUUUUCUCAAAGAUCAUCACUCUUGUCAAUUCACAAAUUUAACAGAUAUUUGUGCUCUUGAUGUGCCUUCUAGGAAAUAUCGUUUUGAGAUCAUAUAUCACUUUUUAUCCCUCAAAUAUAAUUCUCGUAUCCGAAUUCAAACUUACACCGACGAAUUAACGCCAAUCGAUUCUAUAUGCUCUAUAUUUGAAGGGGCAAAUUGGUUUGAAAGGGAGAUAUACGAUCUAUUCGGAGUGUUUUUCACUAAUCAUCCCGAUCUUCGUCGCAUUUUGACCGAUUAUGGCUUUCAAGGACAUCCAUUAAGAAAAGAUUUUCCUUUAAGUGGUUUUAAUGAGGUAAGAUACGACGAUGAGUUCAAUAUGGUCAUUACAGAACCUUUAGAGUUGACUCAGGAAUACAGAAAAUUUGAUUUGAAUACACCCUGGGAAGUAUUUCCUACUUACAAGCAAGACCAAGAAAAGCAAGAAAUAAAACGGCAAUCUUCUGAGACUGACAAAGAUCCUAAAUGAUUCCCAUAUCCAAUUUUUUAAAUAUUUUUUUUGUAUAUUGUAUGUAAUUAUUAUAUUAUUAGAAGUAAUUACUGCUUGUAUAUAAUGGAUUGUUAUAUUUCGCAUUUAUAUUUAUU